CGCCCCUCGACCGCUCCAGGUGCGGCGGCGGGACCGGGCCGGGCCGGGCCGGGCCGGCGGGCGUUGCGCGAUGGCCGAGUCCCAGCUGAGCUGCCUGGACGACGCGCACGUGAACGAGAGGGUGACCGAGGCGCAGGCCGCCUUCUACUACUGCGAGCGGCGGCGCGCCGCGCUGGAGGCCCUGCUGGGCGGCGGCGAGCAGGCCUACCGCCAGCGGGUCCAGGAGGAGCGGCUGCGGGACUUCCUCUCCAGCGGCGAGCGCCAGGCCCUGCGCGCCGCCUGGCGCCCCUACGAGGACGCCGCGCCCGCGCCCAAGAGCAAGGCCAAGGCCAAGGCCCAGGCCGGCGCCCCGGCGGAGCCCGGCGAGUCCCUGGCCUACUGGCCCGACCUCUCCGACACCGAGGUGCCCCCGCUGGACCUGGGAUGGACCAACACAGGCCUGUACCGCGGGGCGAACCGCUUCACCCUCUACACUCACCCCCCCAAGGAGGAGAGGGCGCCCCACCUCAAGCAGGUGGUCAGGCAGAUGAUCCAACAGGCCCAGAAGGUCAUCGCUGUGGUCAUGGACAUCUUCACCGACGGAGAUAUCUUCCAAGACAUUGUGGACGCGGCCUUUAAGCGCCGGGUCCCUGUGUACAUCAUCCUGGAUGAGGCCGGUGUGAAGUGCUUCCUGGAGAUGUGUCAGGGCCUGGACCUCGCUGACUUCCGGGUUCGGAACAUCCGUGUCCGCUCUGUGACAGGCGUUGGCUUCUACAUGCCCACGGGAAAGGUCAAGGGGACCCUGUCAUCCAAGUUCCUGAUGGUAGACGGUGAAAAAGUAGCCACUGGAUCGUACAGGUUCACCUGGAGUUCCUCCCACCUGGACAGGAACCUGCUCCUCCUCCUGUCAGGGCAGCAAGUGGAGCCCUUCGACCUGGAGUUCCGGGAGCUGUACGCCAUCUCGGAGGAGGUAAACUUGUGCCGGCAGCUGGGCCUAGGAGGCCCUGGCAGGCUGGGCCACGAACUCUCCUCCACUGUGGCUCGCAAGCUCAUCAACCCCAAGUAUGCCUUGGUGGCCGCCAGGUGCCAGCCACCCGGGGAGAUGAUGCGCUGGGCUGUCCGGCAGCAGCAGGAGGCCAAGGGUGACCCACAGGGCCAAGAAGAGGACAGCGGAGGCGGCGAGGCAGCCAGGCGCAUGGAGAGCUUCCUGAAUGACCUGGUCACACUGGAGCAGGAGCUGCCCCCGGUGGAGCCCCUGCCUCAGAAGGAUGGCCAGCACGUGGACCCCAAGUACAAACCCAAAGAGGCACUUACCCAAAACGGCACUGGAGCAACUGCCAACGGGGAGAGCAAGAGCUUGAACAGGUGGUUUUUCAGCAGACGCAAGAAGCCUGCACAGCCCAAUGGCGUGGUCAGCUCCUUCUGCACAGAGACUGUCGAUGGGCAGCUGCCGAUGAGAAAGAGGCCCAACGAGGGUUCCAGUGCCAACAUCUCAGGUAAAACAGCUUCUAGUCCUACCAAGACCAACAAGUGUGUGGUUUCCUGAACCUGGGCCCACGGUGGGCAGGACUUCUGGACGCCCUGUCCUGUCCUGUGGAGAACAUGGGUCAAAGCCUGCGCCAGUUUGCACAUCUGGACCCUCCUGGCCUCCUACCCAGCAGCCUCCAUCCUGGCCUCAGGGACCCUGGGUCCCAAAUGUGAGGGUCCACCGCAGCCCUGGACAAUCACACACAUACCCCCCCCCAAGAGACUGUCAGCCAUUGAGUGGGGGCUGCUCCUUGUUUACAUGAAGUGGAAGGCUGACCCCCUCCCAGCGCUGGGCCAGCCUCACCCAGCAGGUCCCCAGUGGGGUGGAGCCACGUCUUUAUACCUUAAUGGAGGGGUCUCCAGGGCAGCUCCAGCUCCCUGGCUACGCCUUCCCUGGGCUUCCUGGUGCUUCUGUUCCCCCAGAGGUUUGGUGGAAUAAAAAGAGGAUCCGGCUCUGAGCCAGGAAGCCAUGUUCCCAUUUUGCUUUAGCCUCUGAGCUCAA